CGUGCGCGCCCGGCGGUUUGUUGGUGUUGCUGUCGCGAGUCGGAGCGCGCGGACGGGGAGAGGAAUUCCUCCUCUCGGGCUGUGACUGGCAGGAAAUGCAUAAAAGCUGUCCUAUUGUCCACUUUAUCCUGAAGAAAUGUUGGUGCCAAUACACCUUUUGUUUCCAGCACUUCGAAAUGGAGAGAUGAGCAAAGUAUAUGUCACAGCUUGCCGCUAUCAUAUCUUACAGAAUUAUCUAUCAACACAAAUCAAUUGGCAAGCAGCAGUUAGAUCCCUGCGAAAUACUUUUCUAAGACCUUUCUUCAAAUGGAGCAAGGCUGAAGAUUUAUUUGGUCGUUUUUGUUCAAGGAACUACAGGACCACAAUUGUGCAGUUUUAUAACCUUACUCCUCCUCAAGUUAACAGCAUCCUGAAAGCAAAUGAGUAUAGUUUUAAAGUACCUGAAUUUGAUGGGAAGAAUGUUAGUUCUGUUUUGGGUUUUGACUCCAAUCAGUUGCCAUCCAAUUCUCCAGUUGAAGAUCGAAGAUGUGCAGCUACCUGUCUUCAAACCAGAGGUAUGCUGCUGAGUGUUAUAGAUGGGCAUGCAGGAUGUGCCUGUGCACAGGCAGUCAGUGAAAGGCUGUUUUACUAUAUUGCUGUUGCUAUGCUAAACCAGGAAACCUUACUGGAAAUAGAAAACGCAGUGGAAAAUGGUCGUGUUGUAUUGCCACUUUUACAGUGGCAUAAACAUCCUAUUGACUACUUCAGUAAGGAGGCUUCAAAAAUGUACUUUGAUAGCUUAAGAACCUACUGGCAAGAACUGAUUGAUCUCCACAGUGAAGAAACACCAGAUGUAAUGGAAGCUUUGACCAAUUCAUUCAAAAGACUUGACAAUGAUAUUUCAUUAGAGGCUCAAGUGGGUAACAACAAUUCCUUUCUCAAUUAUUGGCAGUUGCGUGUGGCCUUUUCUGGUGCAACUGUCUGUGUUGCACACAUAGAUGGUUUAGAUUUGCACAUUGCAAAUGCUGGAGACAGCCGAGCUGUGCUUGGAGUUCAAGAGGAAGAUGGAACGUGGUCUGCACUCACAUUGUCUAAUGACCAUAAUGCACAGAAUGAGAAGGAAGUGGAAAGAGUCAAGUCUGAACAUCCAAAAUCAGAGGUCAAAACUAUUAUUAAACAAGACCGUCUGCUUUCCUUGUUAAUGCCAUUUAGAGCUUUUGGAGAUGUUAAGUUCAAGUGGAGCAUAGAUUUGCAGAAACGGGUGCUGGAGUCUGGUCCAGAGCUGUUAAAUGAGAAUGAAUGUACAAAAUUCUUCCCACCUAAUUAUCACACUCCCCCAUACCUAACAGCUCAACCUGAAGUCACUUACCAUAAACUAAGGCCUCAGGACAAAUUCCUUGUAUUAGCCACAGAUGGUCUCUGGGAAAUAUUGCAUAGGGAAGAAGUUGUAAGAAUUAUUGGGGAGCAUCUAACUGGUGUCCACCUUCAGCAACCUAUUUCUGUUGGUGGUUAUAAAGUGACCCUUGGUCAGAUGCAUGGUAUAUUAAUGGAAAGAAGAGAUCGUAUUUCAUCUGCAUUUGAAGAUCAAAAUUCUGCAACUCAUCUUAUAAGGCAUGCUGUUGGCCAAAAUGAGUUUGGAGCUAUUGAUCAUGAGCGUUUGUCCAAGAUGCUAAGUCUUCCUGAAGAGCUAGCAAGAAUGUAUAGGGAUGAUAUAACCGUUACAAUAGUGCAGUUUAAUUCACCUGUUAUAAGUACACAUUAUAAGCAUAAUACAGAAAACUGAAAGCUGUGGUUUGUGUGGUAAAUGUAGGUCAGAAAAAUUUUAGAUACACAAGGUUUUUGAAAAAUGGUACCGUAAUUAUGAAGACCACUUUCAUUUCACAUGCAAACAUUAUUAGUUGGGUCUCUAGUAAUGAUCUUGGUCUCUGACAGUUGGUGGUUGACUAUCUUACGUUAAUACAUUGAAAGAGAUCUGCAAUACUUUGUUAAUAAACAAGGCCAUACAUUUAGCUUUGUCUGAAAUGAAAGUUAGAUUAAUUUGAAGGUCACCAGGUACAAUGGAAUUCCUAAUAAAGUAAUGUUUAUCUAUUUGUGUAAAACAGUGUCAUGUAAUGAUAUAUAUUGUAAAAUUAUAUUGUAUGCAAUUGCUUUGCUGCUUUCAUGUUAUAGAUAAUUAUUCCAGAAAGUGAAAAUGAAAUAUAACACUGUUGCAGUUUUUAUGUUCUAGUUCAGAUGCUGGCUUCUUGGAUCUGAAUUAAGAUGUAAAUGCAGGUUAUUUCUUUACAGCUACAGUUAACAGUCUGCACUAAAGUUUGUAUUUUGUGCUGCAGAGGCAGUUAAGGUAUGAACAUUUUAAUUUAUUUUAAGAACUGCAUUCACAGUUUAAAUAUAUUGAAAGAGUUCUGUCAAAUGUGAUUGCUGUUCCUGCAGUGAAGAUUGUAAUACAUUAUUACAAUCUGGUAUGGAAGGCUAUUGCAAUUGGUGGUUGUGAUUGCAAUUUUUUAUAUUUAUAAGGAAUGUAUUUUCCUCUGUUUUCUCGUACAGGUUUUUUCAUUUACUCAGGAGAAGGAUAAGAAAAGGAUGUUUUUUUAAUGAGUAGUUUUUGUUUUACAAAUACAGUAAAUAUUCAAAUUAUUGAACAUUUAAGACACAUUUCUUUUGGGACAAUGGCUCAAUUAAACUAGCUUUUUGGUGUUUUUGUGCUUUUUGAUAAAAUUUACAAACAAAAAUAAGCAAGCUGACCGUGUACAUUUCAUACUAGUCUCUGGUCAUUAACAAUAUACUUUUUGAUGGUGGAACAUGUUUUGAUGGACUGGAGUAGUGUCAUUCUAUAAUUUUGUUUCAAUUUUAUCAAAUGGCACCACUGCAGCAAGACCUGCUGUAAACUAAAGAACUGACAGUUACGAAGCAUGUGUGUGAAUAUGUCUAAAUAUCUUUAGGCCUCUUAAUUGUUGGCUGGUCUGCUGAAAAAUGCUAUACUGUAAAAUAAAUUGUAUAUUGCCCUCUAUUCUGUUUGUCACUUAAAUAACUGUUAUUUUGCAGAAACUCUUGACAGUCCCCAUGCAUUUUGGGCAAUUUUUAAGCCUCUUGAUGGGUCAGGUGCUUAAAUAUAGAAUUCUGAAUUGAAAAGCAGUAAGAAUGCUUUGCAUUUGCUGUAUUUCAGUAUUCCUUCUGAUUUGGUUUUUAACCACCUGAGCAGCAAUGAAGGACUGCUCUGUUGGCUUCUAUUGAAGAAAUUCCCAAAGUUUGAUUUGUGUUGCAUAUUAUGUUAUUUAUGCUGUUAUGUGGGUGAAUGUGUGUAAGUAAAUUGACAAACUACACUGUUACAGUUGUGAAGAGGUUUUCUUCAAUGGAUUUAUUCAUUUUUGUUAAAGGACAAACUGUAUUUAUCUAGAUUUAUCUUGUGUAUGUAAUAUCCGCAACAUUAAUUUGAUAUUGUGCAGAAAAAUUAUAAGGAGCUACAUUACUGUUUUGCAGACCUGCAAUCUCUUUAUAUUUAUCAGCAACAAAUCCCAUCGACAGCAUUUUGGCAGCUUUAGUUGAUCUAUAUUAAAAUUUUAAAAUAUUUCUCAAGUAGUCACAUUAAAAAGAGAGCUUAGUGUACAUUGAGUAUUGUAAAACAAUUUUGGCAAUCCAAGUAGCUGCACCCAUAAUUUAUUAUAAUUAUAUUACAUUGAGAAUGAUUAGCCAUCAAAACAUAAUAUGUUCCCAGAUUAAUAUAGUGCCAAGUUUAAUAGGUUUUGACUCUCCAAAGACUGCACAAGUGUUCAUGUAUGGACAAAGAGGUCUAUUUCACCCAUUGAUGGUGACAUUCAAAAAGAAAAUAACACUUUUUUUCUCCUUUGCUCCUUCUACGAUCCCCCAAUCACGACUUCUUUUGUAACUGAUUUAAUAUUUUACUUCUGCUAUUCUUCUUGGAGGCCCAUUUCACAUGUUGUUCCCUACAUGGAUUAACAUCCUGGAGAGGGGAAAUUCCUAAAUUUCUUCCUCCUUACUGGCUCCAGUUUAAUUUUUAAUAGAUCCAGAGUUACUUAUUUUAGUGUAUAAUACUGUAACAAAUGUAUUUCUUGUCUAUGCCAAAUAAAUCAUUGUUUACAGUCUUUCAUUAUUCAUCACCCUGGUCCAGUGGAUCAGGUUCAAAGCCCUUUAAUCGCGUUCAGGCCUUGAAUAUUCUAUCCAAAUUAGGUGCCCAACAAUUAUGUAAAGUAGCACCUGCUAAAAGCAUUAUAUUGUUUAAACAAUAUAGAAUGAAGAAUUCUGGGUACUGAAAAUUUCUGGUGAAACUCAUUAGGUCUGGCAGUGUCUGGAGAAAAAGCAGUUUAUGUUCCGAUUCCAAUGAGGCUCCUUCAGAACUUCCAUGAGUCACACUGGUAUGAUUAUUGACAACACAAUUUAAACAUAUGCACAGCCAAUAAUUGGAUCUGAUAAGUAAUGAGCAUACUUAGUUUUUGAUUUGACCAUUUAACUCAACAUCUGUGUUUUUACUGUCUAUUGCUGCUGCUUUUCUUGCAUGCAAUACUUUACACUUAUGCAUGGUGAAAGUCAUUUGCCUUGUUCAGUCUGCUUUUAUACAACUUGUGGCAGGCAUACAAGUAGCAGUUAUUGAGUUAUUUGUUCGAGGAAAUAAAAUCUGUUACAUCACAGCUCUACUGUAAAUUCCUAUACUGUGAAUGGAUAAGCCUGUUACAAGUCAUGCUGACAAAUGUAAUAUUAUUCUUCUGUUCAAAUAAUUACUAAUUGUUGUAGCCUCUGUUGACCAUUGUAUCUGCUUUAAUACAAACAAUUAAUUAUUUUUAAUAAAGACAUUUUCAGAUGUUUA